UAGACGUACAGGAUUAAUUUUGCUCACUCAUUUAACUAUGUUUGCAGAUAUGCUAUCUAAAAUAAUGCUCAAAGCAUUUCAUAUAAAUUUGAAAAAGUAUCUUCGUAACUUUUAUUCAAUUACAUUCAGCCAAAAAUGCCAUGUUGUUUCUCCGCAGAAAAAGUCUUAUUUUUUUUAUUUGCUUAUUUCUAUUUUAUUAAAUUAGUUCAUUAUUGUAAAAAAAAAUAAUAUUAUUGUACAAUUCCCUUUUUUUUUUCUUUCCUUGUUUUAGAAAAAUAUAGUGAGGAGUGAGGACAUAGUAGAUAUGAUUAAGUCAAAUCAACUGCUGAAAUGUCACUGUUUCGCCUAUGCCCAAAAGUGUGGCAUCAAAACCAUGAGAGCAUGGCAACUUCUUCAGUAUGGAUCUCCUGAAAAUUUAAAAUUUAAUGAAGAUGGAAAAAUUCCCAUUUUAAAAGAUACUAUGGAUGUGCUGGUCAAGGUUCAUGCUGCUAGCAUUAAUCCUCUUGAUGUUAGAAUGACAGAAGGCUAUGGAAGGAAUGCAUUCAAUUUUGUCAGGCAAGUGAAUCAAUGCUCACUGACACCCCAAAAUGAAUUUCCUUUAAUUCUCGGAAGAGAUUUCUCCGGAACCAUAGCAUAUGUAGGGAAAAAUGUCAAGAAAUUCAAAUGUGGAGAUGAGGUGUGGGGAGCAACCAGUCCUUGGGAAAAUGGAUCACAUGCAGAUUAUCUAUUGGCUCAUUCAUGUAAAAUAUCAAAAAAACCUGAAUCUUUGAACCACCUGGAAGCUGCUUCUUUUCCAUAUGCAGCACUGACGGCUUGGGCUGCAAUCCGCUGUUUUGCGGGUCUUUCGGAAAAAAAUUCUUAUGGGAAGAGAAUUCUCAUCACGGGAGCUUCGGGUGGAGUUGGAACUUUUGCUGUUCAGCUGCUGAAAGCUUGGGGAGCUGAUGUAUCAGUGACAUGCAGAGCAGAUGCAGUGGAGUUGAUGCAGAAUCUUGGGGCAGAUGCCAUCCUGGAUUACACAUCACAAGAUUUCAAAAGCACUUUAAGUGAUUUGAAAGGGUUAGAUGUCAUCAUUGAUAAUAUCGGAGGAGACUAUCCAGCAUUAACCAUUGAACUACUGAAAAAAAUGCAAAGUAGCAAAUACGUAACUGUCGUUUCACCAUUACUGAAAAAUACAGACGAACAAGGAGUUUUACUUGGCACAGCUUCUUCGGCUGUCCAAGCAACACUGGAUACUGUAAUGUCAUUGAAAGACGGGCGAUCUUUCCGAUGGGCUUACUUCAUGCCCAACAUGUGUGCCCUGAAAUCCAUUGCCAGGAUGAUUGAUGAGAAACAGAUUGUCCCAGUCAUCGAAAAAACAUUUAAAUUUGAAGAAAUUCAGGAUGCCUAUAAAAAGGUUUCAGAUGGUCAUGCAAGAGGAAAAGUAGUUGUCAAUUUCGAAAUGUCGUCUUCAUCUAAUACUAGCCACAAUCACAAGUAGAAAAGUUUAUUUAAUAAAUUAUAUUAGGGAUCAAAUGUGUUACAUUCUUAAUCACGAGAUUUUGUCAAACAUAUAACAAAAGCAUUUCCUAAGAAUGAUAUGCUAAUCCUUUUUAAAGCAAACUCAAUGGGAUAAUAUUGAAAAAGCUAUUGCAUGCAAACUUACAUGGGAUCUGAGUCUCUGCCUAGUCUUCAUAAUAAAAACUUGCUCACAACAAGUUACAUUCUCUGAGCAAGUUUUUACGCAUGGAGAUUAUUGCUGCGUAG